AUGAAGAAAAAAGCCCCAAAAAGUUUAGCGCACGCAAAAUUUGUUUAUAAAGUUUCAACAGAUGGUAGUGAUCCAGAAUGCAAUUAUAAUAAGAUUAAAAAGCAAAUUCAAGAAUCAGUUUUCAAUAAAAACGCAAUAUUCUCAGUAAUAUCAUGCGAAUCAAACGAAUAUGUUUGCCCCAUAUGCCAAUUUAAACCAGCUGCAGCUCGAAUUACGCUUUGCGGACAUAUAUUUUGUGCAGACUGUCUUGCAAUGCAUUUCGAACAUUCAAAAGUCCCCAGUUGCCCGGUUUGUGGUGAAGAAAUCACUCCAUCAAAUGUAUUUAGAGCAGAUGUUCAAUAUUUUACAAGAAAUGAUAAAUUAAUUUUCCAAAAGAUUUCAAGAAGUAUAUAUUCAUGCUGUCAUCUUGCUGAAAAAACUUCUGAGCCUAUUGAUUCAGUCCCAUUUGCUUCAUCUAAGAGUUCUUUAUAUUCCAAAUUCUCUAUCGCAGAUAAAAACUAUGUUGAAAAUAUCAUAAAGAAAGAAUUAAAAGAAUUGGAUGCACAAAAGGAGAUUUAUUCCAAACCACAAUAUUAUGAUGAAAACAAACUUAGCUACAUCAUUCAAAUUAUAGAGGAAGUUUCACAUGAACAUAUACCAAAUACCGAAACCCCUAUAGUACAACUCGAUCAUUCAGAUACGUUUUAUCAAUUUUACCAAGAAGAUCACGGUUUGUUAGUUUUCCUUGAUGUUUUCUCAACAGAUUCAUUAGAGGCAGAGUAUGGAUCCUUAAAGGAUGCUCCUUAUACCAUCGAAGCAAUGCCAAUUAGAAAAUAUUCUACAGUCGUAAAUGAUACAUUCCGUAGGAUGACGAAAUCUUUAAACUAUUUACAAAGAAAAACAAAUAUAGAGCUUGUUAUUGCAGAUCUUUCCGAAUACGUUUCAUCUCAAAUUCUUUCGAAUUACGCAAUUGCUGCAGACGGAUCAUGCCCUAAUUCAGAGACAUCCACUUCAAUGCAUUCGAUGGAUCUCCCGUAUAAGGAAAUACCAAAAUCUGUAUCAGGAACAUUUAACGAUGAUGAAUUUCCAGAUUUAUUCCCAGUUUUGAAAAAGAAAAAGAAUACUCAAACACCAAAAUCGACUUCUUGGUUAAAUCUGAAACUUUGA